AUGAACAAGGCAUUAAUCAUAACAGGGAUAGCAGCUACUGCUUUAGCAGGGUAUGUUGUAUACUUUGAUUACCAACGUAGAAACUCUAGCCAAUUCAGAAGGUCAUUGAGGAAGAAAGCUGUCAAACAAAAGAAAAUCAAGGAGGAACAAGAGAAGAAAACUAAGCAAUCGAAAUUAGAUGCAGUUAAAAAGGCUCUUUUAGAAGAUUUGAAGAAAAACCCAAUUCCAACUGAUUUGAAUGAGAGAGAGGCCUUUUUCAUGGAACAAGUCGCAACCGGUGAGCAAAAGGGAAAAGAUAAUGCAAUUGAUGCAGCUAUUUGUUUCUAUAAGGCAUUGGCCGUGUAUCCUAAUCCUACAGAUAUUUUGGGCGUUUAUCAGAAAUCCGUUCCCGAGGAAAUUUAUGAAUUGGUGGUAAUGAUGAUUGCCGUAUUCCCUCCAGCAUCAGUAUCUAGCAUCUUGAGUAAAGGUAGUACUGGUCUUGGAGAUAUGAAACCUACCGAGGAAGAUUUAGACUGA